AUGUCGCGAGUGGAGUUGCUGUCUUCAGGUGGUCUUCGAUUGGACAACCGAAGGCCAUACGAGCUGCGGUCGAUCGAUUUCAGUCUUCUACCCAACCCACCCGUUGGAUGCGACUCGGUGGCAAAGGUCGAGCAUGGCCUGACGAAACUGAUAGGAUUCGUAUCUGGCCCGAGAGAUUCGGUCGACUCCAACCGGACCGUCGCGACCGCUCUCGGCAAUCCAGCCGGAAACUCAGUAUCCUCUAAUCUUAAUAAUAAAAGUAAUGACCAGAAUGGUCAGAUCUCCGUACAUAUCUCAACAACCCCUUUCAGUUCAAUCGAUCGCAAGAAAAUCGCUAGAUCCGACAAGAAAUUCGCCGAUUUCGCUCAAGCUAUUCAAAACUCUUUUGAACCUGUCGUCAUGCUAAACCUUUACCCUAGAAGCACAAUCGAUAUCUACAUUCAAGUUCUUCAACAGGAUGGAGCUCUCCUUCAGGCAGCCAUCAAUGUCACUACCUUAGCCCUCAUUGGUGCCGGUGUAUCCAUCACCGAUUACUUGCUCUCAGUAUCCGUUGGAGCACUCUCGACGCCCUCUUGCCCGCUCUUGGAUCUAACAAACAGUGAACAGACGGAUCUACCAAACCUGACGAUUGCUGUUCUACCGCGGACUCAGAAACUCACUCUUCUUCAAUUAGAUACACGGAUCAAUAUCCUUACAUUCGAAUCCCUUUUAGAAAUCGGGCUUGAGGCUUGUCUGGUUCUUCAACUCGAAAUGGAUCGAGAGGUUCGACGAUGGGCUACUUUACUCAACUCUUCAAUUCAUAACUCGCUUGACUAUAAAUCUCACUCUGCCCAAGGCCCUGUUGCAAAUCAAAAUCCGCAAAUCAUGAUGAUAGAUUGA